AUCAAUGGCACGGCAAGGUGUUUGAGACCGUUAUCAGCCACAAACAGUACAGUACACGACGAAUAUACGCGCAAAGACGAUUAUUCGUCAGGCUCCUUUUCACAAACAACCUAUCUUUAUGUCAAUUUUUGUGAAUGCAAAAAUUUCUUUCAAGUCAAAUAUAUACAUAGCUUUGCGUAAUACGACGAGCUUGUGAACAACCGUGUGACAAUUUCAAUUAUGACAAGUUACGACGCAAGCUAGUGAGUGAAUCGUUCGGCAAAGGAAAGAGAUUUACUGUGCAAGUUGCAGUCAUCUCUUGUACAAAAACGAUGUCGUUGUGACGAUGUAAAAAUAAAUUAUCCUGAUAAAUCAUCAAAUUGAGCGCACGAGGGUGGACCAUGAACCAUGGACACGUUACAGGUCGAAAACGACGCGAUUUCGGAAGAGAAACGUAAAGAAGAACGCGCUUAAAACAUGGGUAGCGGCGGAGUUGGUGAAUUACCAACGAUAUUUCACCCUCGACGAUCGCGAACGUCGAACGUAAGCCUCAACGAGGAUCAGCCGACCCACGGGCUGUUCAUCACACCUAUCCAGGUUGCGCUCCAUACUUCAGGAUGCGAGUUGCAGCAAGGUUGCAGUGUCGCCGACGGAUGCGGCGACUCUGCGUCGAGCUGUCGCACUUUGGAGACCACCGGAAGUGGCGGAGGUGGCGAUAACGGGGGUGUGCAGGCUCAAACAACCGGUCAGACACAGCCAUCGGUUCACAUGACCACGACUUCGACGCCCAAUGUUCAGCAAUCUCAACGGCCGAGUUCAAUCUCGGCUUGCUUCGCGUCCUGCUGCGCGGAGAACGCAAAAAAGAUAUAUUUCGGAGUGUGCGUAACAAUAUGCGUAACCGCGAGUUCGGUCGGAGCGACUCACUGCAUCAAGUAUUUGUAUUUUCACAAGUCGGAUAAAAUUUCACAAACAUCCAUCUCAGCAAAUUCCUCCACAAAUGGACUUUCUCAUCAACAUAUCAUCUUUCCAUAUAACGCACCGUUCUUUACGACGUGGUUUUGCACCAAUUGGGAAGUCUUGUAUUUUCCGGUGUACUUCAUCUGUCAGGUCGCUAGCACCAAAUGCGCCAAUCCUUCCGAGAUAAUUGCCGAAAGCCUUCGCGGUUUUCGCGACAAAGGUUUCACCGGUGGACGCUUUUUAACCAGAUGCGGCUUCUUCUGUCUUUUGUGGAUCAUCACGAAUUAUCUGUACAUAAUGUCGUUGAAAAUACUGUUGGCUACAGACGUGAUGGCAUUAUUCGCCACCAACGUUUCGUGCGUCUACCUGCUCUCGUGGGUUAUUCUUCACGAACAAUUCGUAGGUGUGAGGAUAGUUGCGGUUAUCCUCUGCAACACUGGCAUCGCACUAUUAGCUUACAUGGACGGUAUAACCGGAAGUCCGACACUGGGAGGCGUAGUCUUAGCUACAGCAGCGGCAGCUGGCUCUGCUGUUUACAAAGUCCUCUUCAAGAAAGUAAUAGGAGAAACCUCAUUCGGACAAAUGUCCUUAUUUUUCUCUCUAAUCGGUUUGUGCAACGCCGCGCUGGCAUGGCCAAUCUGCUUGGCUCUGUAUUUUUCCGGAGCGGAGACUAUUCAUUGGUCAAAAUUGCCGUGGCCGGCGUUAUUAUCCGCCAGCGUUCUCCACUUAGUCGCGAAUAUGUUGGGCAACUUCAGCGUUGCGCUCACGUACGACCUCUUCAUCACUCUUGGAUUGAUAACGGCCGUACCUGUAUCCGCUGCGUUGGACGUUAUUUUCUACGGGGCUUAUUUCAUGGGUAUGAAGUUAGCAGGCAUGAUCUUUAUAGCGGUCGGUUUUUUCCUCGUGAUGUUUCCGGAUAAUUGGCCGGAUUAUAUAACAAAGCUCCUCCGAAACGUAGUCCUCAUGAGUCACAGCACAAGUACCACAGGGGGCGGCCAGCAACGCAGUGGCGGUAGGAGUAUUAGAGGUCACACAGGGCCGUCCUUACAGCAACGACAGCAUCGUUUGAGGAGCUACGGUGUCUCCACCGCGCACGGAGACGGCCAGACGCUACUUCCGGUCAGCAAUAACAACAACAGCUGCAGCAGCCAGCCCGUCAUCGUUGCCGCUCAUCAUCGGCAACACGUUAACAACUCCCAACAGUACAACUCGACCUCCGAAACCCAAUCGCGUCGUGUUGUCCUUCCCUCCAUCUCGACCCUGAUCUCCACCUCAACCACCACCGCCGUCAGCAACAGUCGCUCGCAUGAUCCUCGUUAUCAGCAGCAAGAUGGAGCAGGAGGCACAGGCACGGCAUGUCAGAUGGAUCGUCGCGGGAUGUAAUCGAUUAUCGAACCGGUUACAUAAAAUCGCACUUGCGUUCGCCGUCGGGCAGAGUUCGGUGACUAAUCACACCGAGAAUCACAGCAAUAACAAAGAGAUUCUGUCGCAGAUAUGUAGACUACUUUGGUAGCAGUUCGAUGGCCAAAGUUAUCAUUGAAGUGUAAAAUAAACACAAAUUCGAUAUCGUGGAGUAAAGAAUUAUCAUAAGUACACUUUCUACAUUUAAAGUUUUUGAGAGCAACUAACAUUACACAUUAAAGAAUAUAUGUACAUAGAAUGUUCAAUAAUAAUCACGUCACCUCUCACAACAAUCAGGUAAAGCGGAUAGGAGACAGCUUAGUCAUUUUCACACGCUCACGAUUGUUAAACGCGCGACGCGAUUCAAUGGCCCAAAUAAAUAAAACUGCAUAUUAUAACAAACACAAUAAAAAUUGUUCAAAUUAUCGAAUCGCUCAGUGAACAACAUGGAAUUGUUUCUUCACGCGGACGCACGCUCGUUUGCUUAUUAAUCUUUAUUAAUUAAUAACUUAUUAAUUAUUACAAAACGCGCAAAAUAGUAAAAGAGUCUUCGACUCAAUACAACUUGCUCUACAUGCCUUUGCUUAUGAAAAGUGAUAUGGUUAUUACUACAGAACAUUCUGUAUAUGCGCGCGCGCGCUCACACACACACACAAAAGGAAUAGAAUGUCAAAGUUGAGAUGUUUGGUUCUCUCACAUUAAAUUCUGAUAUAUUGUCAUCAAUACUACAAUAAAUACUACGUGUAUCAAUAUGACAUCAAAAAAGACAAUCAGAAAUAGAUCAGAUUAACUCUGACGUUGUUCUUUGUUUAUAAAAAUAUCGAUUAGUAUAGAUACCGAGUUGAUUGUAUAACAAGUGUUUCGCCAGUUAACAGUUAAUAUACGAUGUCGUUUUACUAUAUUACGUCGCAUGUACAACGGCUCAGUAGGAAAAUUCUUAAUACUACAAAAUUAACAUAGUAUAUUAUUACAGGAUUGGUAGUUUUAUCUUCCUGUAUUCCGACUCGCGAAUAAUAAAUGUAAAAUUUUCUCUAUACUAUAGUGUUCCAUACAGAAAGACGCGGUAUUAAAGUUUAUAACAAUAGAAAAAAUAAAAAAAAAACAUUCAACAACCUAAAAAAAUCGACAGCAGCUCACUUUAUAAGAUAUUUAUAUCACUCCUGUGUUGUCUCAGAAGUUUUGAACAAAAGUUGACACAAAGAAAAAAAUUAGACAAGUAUCGAGACAAAUAUCGCGUAACGAAUUGAAAUUUUUGUUUGCAACAAAACUUGUCAUUGAGAACUCGAAUAAAACUAUAUAUAUAUUUACUUUAAUAACAACAUGUACUUGCGUAUAUAUACGUAUACAAUAUAUACUUUCUAAGCAAUUUGUCUCAAAUAUACUAGUAACGAGUAUUAUAUAUUUUUAUAAACGCGUUUCAUAUAAAAGAUUUUUAUAAAAUUUAUUUCACUCUAUAUAUCAUAUAAAUAAUUAUCUCUAUUUGUGUGAAAAUCCGAUAUGAUCGUUGUACAUAAUUAUUACAAAUAUCGCUUCACGAUUGUAAUAUUUCAAUUCGAAGCAUGUCGGAAUGUUCACGAAAAAAAGUAUGUUUCAUUUAUAUAUAUUGUCAAUUAUACACACGCGAUAGUUACAACCGCGAUAACAAUAACUCUAACAUUUGUCUAUCAUGAAAUAUAAUAUAAUGAUUUUUUGAAAUAAAAACAGAUUUUUAUUAGGGGAUCCAAUAAUACUGUAUUCUACAGUUUAACGUGUGCUGAUAUCAACACGUAACGUUAACGUAAGUUCUAUCGUAAAAAAAAAAAAAAAAAAAA